AUGAUAAGUGUCAGAGGGUUGCUUUUGGUAAUGUUGAGAAGCGCCUUCAUCGUCGCCUUCCUCAGCAUUCCCAACCCUGUCGUCGCCUUCACCGGUCUCAAGAACUGGUCCAGGAGAGCAAUAUACCACAAGGUCGACCUCUGCACUCAAUCCUGUUACAGCCAGAUCAUCCCUGGGCUCUACCUAAGCAAUGCGAGAGCAGCAGCCGACAAAAAUGUACUUAGACGGCUUAAUAUCACCCAUGUGCUCACGAUUGAAGCUCACCGCCUACCGAAAUCAACUUUUGCGGAUUCCAACAUUAGCACACUCUUCAUUAGGGCCUACGACACUCCUCAGACCCAUCUCCUGCCCUACUUCCCGAUGGCCAACGCCUUCAUCGACGAAGGUCUGCAGAAAGGAAACGUGCUUGUCCACUGCCAUUUCGGAGUAUCCAGGUCCGCCACCCUCGUCAUCGCAUAUAUCAUGGAAAAGUAUAAACUGACUUUCGAACAGGCAUUUGUGUACGUGAGGCAAAGACGGAGGUUCAUUAACCCCAAUCCAGGGUUCAUUAAUCAGUUGAAGGAGUACCAGAGAUUGAAUUACGACGUGAAUGGAUUCUACAGGUUCGAAGCUUAUAUGAAUGUGAACGCUAGGAAACACAAGUAUAAGAUAGCGUCCCUGGCUGCUGUGGUGGUGGGGAUACUCGUACCCCUCGCUGUGUUGGUGGGCUAG